AUGUUCCGUGACGUCUUGACGAGAGGAAAACACAUACAAAAAAAGAUCCUUGGAGCCGAGAAUAAGUGCAGUUUUUUAGUUCAUGGGGAGCGCAAAGAAUUCCUCUUCAUGACCACUCUUCUACAGAUUCAUGUACCUUAACCAUCAGAACGGUCGUAUUAAUCAUAGCUACAGCCAUUCGAGGAAUAACUCAAGAAGUAGGUUUGAGCUUCAGCAGUUCAACACCAAUGAAGAUCAGGCGUUAAUCAACAAAAAACUUCCAAAAGAGCUUAUUCUAAGAAUCUUUUCCUUCCUUGAUGUAGUAACACUGUGCCGUUGUGCCCAAGUUUCCAAGCUAUGGAAUGUCUUGGCACUAGAUGGCAGCAAUUGGCAAAGGGUUGACUUAUUUGCCUUUCAAAGAGAUAUAGAGGAAAUUGUUGUUCAGAAUCUUUCCAAACGAUGUGGAGGAUUCCUUAAACAGCUUAGCCUACAAGGAUGUAAAAGUAUAGGAGAUUGUGCUUUAAGAAUAUUUUCCCAAAAUUGUAGAAAUAUUGAAGACUUAAUUUUAGAAAAUUGUAAAAGAAUUACUGAUAGCACCUGUAUUAGCCUUAGUACAUACUGCACAAGACUUCAGAAGCUAGACGUAUCAUCUUGUGGACAGAUUACUGAUGACUCAUUAGUUGCACUCAGUCGUGGGUGUUCAAAACUCCAUCACCUCAAUAUCUCCUGGUGUUCUCAAAUCUCAAACUAUGGUGUACAGCGUCUUGCACAAGGAUGUAUACACUUAUUAACAUUCAGCGCAAAGGGGUGUAUUUUGUUAACAGAUGAUGCCCUUCUUCACCUUACCAAAGGAUGCACUGGACUACAAACUAUUAAUUUACAUAGUUGUGAUAAUAUAAAAGAUAUAGGUAUACAGCACAUCAGCCAAAACUGUAAAAACUUGAGAUUCCUGUGUAUCUCAAACUGUAAACAACUGACAGAUGCUUCACUACAGUAUCUUGGUUUAGGAUGUCCUGAACUCAGGACUCUAGAGGCUGCUCAGUGUGUGGAGUUUACUGAUGCAGGUUUUCAAGCUCUUUGUAGGGGAUGCCACGAUCUGCAAAGAAUGGACUUAGAGGAAUGCACUCGUAUCACAGAUUCCACUCUCAUUCACUUAUCCCUAUGGUGCAGUGGCUUGCAAAAACUGAGUUUGUCCCAUUGUGAACUGAUCACAGACGAAGGCAUUCAUCAAUUAGGAGCCAGUCCUUGUUCUACUGAUCAUUUGGAAUACCUAGAGCUUGACAACUGCCCCCUCAUCACGGACAACGCUCUAGAUUAUCUCUUGCAAUGUCGCAAGCUUAGAAGAAUAGAACUAUAUGACUGUCAAUUAAUCACCAAGGCGGGCAUACGAAAAUUCCAGGCAUCAUUACCAUACGUCAAAGUACAAGCCUAUUUCGCUCCCAUCACCCCUACCCCCAGCGUGGAAGGAGGACGAACUCGUAUGUGUCGCUGUUGUAUCGUUCUAUAGCAACACGGUCAGGCAUUUUUACUUUAAAUGAUUUCAUUAGUGUAGAUAGUUAGCCACAAGUCGGUGCUUUGGGUUGUCAGUCAAGAAGGUUAACCGGCCGAGCGGGGAAUUUUUCUUGAUUAUAUUUUGAUUGUUUUGGAAUCUCUAAUAACCUUAAUUGUCAAUUUUGAUUGGUCGAUAGCUUUCCCCACGUGACGGGUUUCAGAGUUCGUCCCCAAUCACCUUUACCAAAAAAUCAACUGAAAACAUUCCUCGAUCCCGAUUGGUCAAGUAGGCAAGUCACAUGACGUGAGUGCAUCUCCCGUGAGUGUGACAAAGCUGCACAGCCCAAAGCACUGCAACUUCCAAACAGAAUUCACGAUGCUUUUAUUUUAAUAAGUAAGUAUAUUUUAAGCGAAAGGGGUUAAAUUAAUUGACAAAAGGUAGAAUUAAUGCUUUGUUUUGCUGCGCAAACUACUGCACCCGCCGGACGUUGUUUGAUGUGUAUCUUCCUUGUCGGUUAUCCCACUUCGUUUCCAAACAAUAUUUUCAUAACUUCGAAUCCUAUUUUCUCCUAUAUUGUCCAAAAUGGUCGUCAAUAUUGCGUAUUUUUCCACCGUCAUAAGAAACAUUCUUUAGUGGUCCAGUGCCAAAAUGGGACGAUUUUUUUCAUUUAUCUUGUUUUUUUCCACUUUAGGUUUUCAAUCAGAUGCUACUUAAGGUCGCUCUGUAGCAAACAUUCAGUUUUCUUAACAAAAACCUCGGCUCCCAAACAAAAUAAUUUGAACUCGGUAAACUAAAUUUGAACGUCCGUAAAAAUAUUUUAGAAUAAGUCGCUGGUUCUCAUAAUUCUAUCAGAACGCAUAAUAAUCUUACCUGAAAAUUGAAUAUGAAGUCUUGUCAUAUGGCACAAAAUUUGAUUUUAACGAAGAUGCUUGACCCAUAUUAAGAUUUGUAAGUACAUUUGUAAAUAGGUAGCAAGUUAAAGUUUUAUUCGUAGAUUUUAAAAGAACUGCACAAAUGUAGAUACUUGAGGUAGUUGGGUUUUUUAGAGACCGCAUGUCGUGGGUUCCACACUGAUAGACCACUCCCUUAUUGGACUGACGUUAGGCAGCACCUUUUAUUGAUAAGGUGAAACUAGAAAGGGAUCAACUCUCGAUUGACGUGAUUUCCUAACCACAUUCUUUCGUCGAGCAUGCGCACUAACAUCAGGUGCAUUUAAGAGCAGCCUCGUUCCCAGACCUUUUUGUUAUCAAUCGAAAAGGUGACAUUAAGAUAAGAGUUCCAAUAAGAGUUUAAUUGUGAACAAUCUUGAGCCCAGUUUCCUCUCUUUGGUCAGCGGACUUGCGACAAAAAGACUCUCUCUUCAGGCGCAAAGCAGGGAGACUUCGGAGGACUCUGGGUACGAGAUUCGACGGGCAAGCGAAGCCGAUUGUCAUUCUUAUAGUCCCCAGACCUCCUCGCCAUCUAGAUCUGCGCAGUCGUAGUGAAACAACCAAUAGAUCACAAGCAUAUUUCACUGAGAGUGGAGUGUAAUCAGUGUAGAGCACUGCAGACGGUUAUAAUACACCUUGCGUUUUUAUUCAUUAUCAAAGCAUGUAUUAUUUUAGAAUCUAAAACAGAAUUAUUGCUGAGCUAAUAUAUUUGUAAGUUUUGCUUUUUAUCGUUUUAUCACUGACUUAAAUAUUUAAAAUUCAAGGCUUUUAAGUUUUGUUGAAUGGAUGUCUUUUUCGAUGACUGCACACUGAGUUUGACCUCUUUCGUCAGCUUCAAGAAAGAAUAAGUCACUCCUAAGAAGAAAGGCAUUGCAUCGCUGGUAUUAGGACUAGAGUAAGCAGACUAAAAGGCUUCAAGGUAUCAUGUCUUCACUUGGGUUGUUUUUUCUGCGUGUUGUGUUUUCUUGGGUGGGUUACCUUUAUUUGUACUUGCAUUCUACUGGCUUAGGCCGAGAGGGUAUUCAAGACAGGGAACCCACGCCCUCGAAAAACCAAGCACGGAAAACAAUUACACAAGAGAAGGCUACCUUCCAGCUUCAACUAGGAUACAAAAUAAAGUAGAAAAGAGUUAAGUCGUGUGACCUCGAUAGUCUGAGACUGUCGUGACAUUACUGCAGGCAGAGUCACAUGUUCAAACGUCAAAUAAACGAGGAAAGGAGCAAAGUCGGUCGGACAGCUCGUUCAUUUCAGCAAAUGUUUAUUGGUAAUUAAUUUAAUGUGUUCUAGUUAGAGCUAUAAUUGUUGAAUUUAGUAAUUAGUUGUAUUGUAAAUUUUUUGGUGAUUUUUGAUGGCAAGAAAAAUGAAAAAUAAGCGAUGGUACUUAGUUUAAGGACAGGCGACCGUCACUCGUUGAUAUCAGUUUAUCGCGGUGGUUAAAAUACAAGCGCACAACCCAAUUCCGGUAAAAUCAUGCUUCCUCGUGUCUCUCCCUACUCAUCCUCGUCAACCCAGGGGUAAAAGAAAACAAAAA